GCCGCCAAUUAUAACUACCCAAAAGAACCGCAUGAUUGCGUAUACAACUGACAAGCGAAUAAGAUAUUGGGGGCGGGUUGCCAUCAGCUUGUUACAAAUAAAAUAAACAUUAUGAACAGGAGGUGGUAUCGUAGGCAAGGCUUGCUAGUAGGUGGCACUAAUGAGACCUUACAGUCGUAUGGGAGCUAGAUGACUGGGAAUUCAACUACGUCUGUAGCUAUCGAGGUUUUUAGCCACAUAGAAUAUGCUUCAAUCAUGGGAGUCGAAGUAUGCUAUAUCAGCAAUCGAUGACUCUAGGAGAUUUAGGGUGAAAAUAGAUGUCCAUCAAUCUGAUCACCAUGAACGAUACCUACAAUCCGCUACUGGACACACUCAACGACGCAAAGCAGCUCGUCGGAUGGGUUGAUAGCCCAAACGUACGAGGAACAAUAGAUAUUAUCUGGAGCUGUGUUUUGGUCCUCGUCACCUCUCUCUGGACUGUCAUCCAUCUGAAUCUGCCGGCAAAGGACGAUAGAUGGAUUCGUGUCAUAGCGAGAAAGCUUCGUUGGGGAUUUAUGGCCAUCCUAGGCCCUGACUUACUAACACUUAUUGCUGCUAAUCAAUGGGAGAGUGCUAGGAGAUCGGUAGCACAAAUCAAAGACCUGGCAGGCUCAAAAGAGUGGACGCUCAAGCACGCAUUCUAUGCCGAUAGUGGAGGAUUCCACCUCCAGCCCGCAGAGGGUCCUUCGUUUCCAAUCAAUGCCAGCACCCUUCACUUCCUCGUUUCUCGACAAUACAUCAAACUUCCCGAGAUCAGUAGCGAAGAGAUCUGGGAUAAGAGCAAAGCCGACGUAUUCGCAAAAUCCUUCACCCUGUUACAAACAGGCUGGAUUGCCAUCCAAUCCAUCGCUCGCGCAAUCCAGGGGCUCUCGAUCUCGCCCAUGGAACUCUUUACGCUAGCCUUUCUCGUGUCGACGGCAUCAUCGUACUUUUUCUGGUGGCAUAAGCCGCAGGAUGUCAAAAUACCUAUCGUCAUCGAGUGCAAAUACUCAAUAGCUACUAUCCUGGCUGAAAACGGGGUGUUGGAUACACGGUAUGCGAACACCCCGCUCGACUUCGUUGCAAAUUCGACACGGUUCUAUGAGCGUAGGCGAACAUUUCAGAAUUUCGAUCUCGAGCGACGAGGUCAGGAUCAGAGUGCGGACAGGAUACCGCUUCAGCGUAUUCCUGAUGAUGAUUUUCUGCUCUCUCUCCCUUUCUCACUAGUUUAUCUGAUCGCCAUUCCAGCAGUGAUACAUUCAUCAAUCCACCUCGCAGGAUGGAACUUCGCCUACCCGACCCCAACUGAGAAACUUCUAUGGCGUAUAUCCUCUGUCGUCCUCGCGGCGGGAUCAAGCAUCAACGUUGGCGUUACCCGCAUCUUGGCGGUACUUGGUUAUGAGGGAGAAUACAAUUUGGCCUUGGUGUGGGUGAACACGAAUCGAAGGCAAGCAGGAGACUCGAGCAACCGAGUAUUUUCUGCCUUCGCGGAUACGUUUUUGACUCUUUCUACAUUGGUUCUUGUUAUUGUGCGGUGUUUCAUUAUAACUGAGGCGAUCAUCAGCUUGAGGAAAUUGCCGGCUGAUGCGUUUGAGACGCCGAACUGGACGAAUUUCAUCCCGCAUAUAUGA